CUUGACACUCGACUCGGAUCAGCGACACACAGUUCUCCAUGAUCUUCUCCUCACCAUGAGAAAGCUACACUUCUUCUUGCUCUUGUUCUCAGGGGCGCUGAGCUUCGGAACUUUAUGUACAGCACUGAAUGAAAUUUUCCAUGGUGGAACCUGUAAAACCAGCCUUACACAACAAGACUGUACUGCUACUAAUGACUCCACGUCAGACUUCCUGAUGUGUGUGGGUAUCCCAUCAGACCCUGGAGCAGUAGACCAACAGAUCCUCAGCCUGAAGGGCCUGAUCGAUGCUCUGCUCGAUGUCUUUGUGUAUCUGGACGUGGGAUUGAGAGACGUCCCCUUGCAAAAUGCGGAUCCAGGAUGGAGCUUUAACUCCACAGCUCUGCUCCAGGAUGAUGAUGUCAUCAGGAUGUGGCUACAGAUUAGGCUGACUCCAGUGCUCUCCACCAUCUCUCAGAACUUCCUCACCUGCCUUGGAUAUAACAACUUCAGCUGCCAGACUUACCAAACUGUGGUGCAGGAGCUGAGUACGCAGUUCUCCAGUUUAGAUUCUCAGAGGCAGCAGUGGAUCUACUCUAACUUCAUGCAGCCCUUCCUGUCCAGCACCACACCAUCAGGUUGUGUGCUUCCAGGUGACUCCACUGAGGACUGGCUCACAAAGAACUUCGGCUCUUUCUCAGUUCUGGCCCAACUCAGAGAGUUCAACUCUAUCAAUGGACUCUUCAGUGGGUUGGAUGUACUGCACCUGUUGAGUCCAGAGCAGAAAGCAGAGCUCAUGCUGUAUCCUGAGACCUUUGGUCUGAACAACGAAUCCCUCAGUGUGGUUCUGGGCAGCUUGUUGGGUUCACUAACACCCUCUGGAGAUGUGAACACCUCCAUUGGUGCCAUGUGGGAUUCAGGAUUACCUUUUAGUUACUCAUCUUCUCCACAAGACCCACUCACACAGACAGUGAAUGGCUUCAUGACUGUGUUCAGCCCUGUUGGAAGUUUUGUCAGAGAAUUUGUGUCCUUAACACAUCAGCAAGACCUGAGCAGCAUGAGAAGUGCGACGCUAAUACAGGCGAUGCUAAACUGGACACUAGCAGAGCUUGCAGCUCCGUAUAAAAACAUCAGCAAUAAUCAGCAGAUGGAUCAGACGAUGUUUAAUCCUACAGACGUUAACUCCUGGUUCACACAUGUCGUUGUUCCUAUUCUGAACACAUACCUCUCCAGUGAUAUACCAGCUGAACUCACUGCUGUCUUCCAUAAUGUGUUUCAUAUGGAGAAUUCAGUGAACAAAACUCAGGACACUUGCAGUGUCACUCUGGAUGGCGCUUGUGCUGUGGCAAAUGUGAUGGAGCAUGUGGCUAAAAUCCUGCAGUGUGCAUCCAGAACUAAUCUGACACUCACAGAGGAAACAGUGACCAGUCUCGUACUGCACAUUUCCAGCAAUCUCAACACACUGCUGAACCAGCUUGCCCACACGAAUUUUAGUUCAGAAGAUUCCCCUUUUAGAGACAUUCUAGAUCAAAUCCAUGACCCAAGGCACGUUGACCUGAGGGACGCAGCGUUUGUCACCACAUGGUUUCAUAUCAAACUGAAGCCUCUCUUACCCACACUGACACCAGAAUACCUGCUCUGCCUCAGUGCCAAACCGUUUUCCUGCCAAACCUUCCAGAUACUUGUGCAGGAGAUGAGCAACAACAUGUACCUGAUGACAGAGAAUGGAACUCGUUUGGUUUAUAAGAACUUUAUCUUCCAGUUCCUGUACCAUCAAAACUCCACAGGUGCCUGCAUGAGUAACAGCAGUUUUCAGUGGAUCAAGAGGAACCUGGGUGAAUUCUCUCAGUUUGCCACUGUGCAGGAGAUGUAUCUGCUCAAUCCUGCGUUUGAUGCUCUAGAAGCUUUCAAUGCACUCACUCUGAACCAAAUAGCUGAGAUCAUCAUUGAAGACCUUCCUGGACUCACAGAUAAAGAGCAGCUCAUUAACAUCGUGUUCAGCAACAUUCUAACAUCACAGACGCUUCUGCUUCCUCAGCUCGUUCUCCUCAUCUCAGAGAUGAACAUGAUGAAAAAUAACUGUUUGAUUUAUACGGAAAUGUUUGUAUGGCUCCACUUUACUUCUCUGUCUACAAACCCAGAAACAGAUGCAGUGACUCUGAGCAGCAUCAACAACCUAAUAAAGGCAACACCAGCAGCUUGUGCCUCCUACAGUGGCAGGUGCAACAUCACUGCUGUCACUGAUAUGACAGUGUGCAAUGGUGUGAACAGUUCUGAUUUGGUUGAGUACCUGAAUGAGCCACAUAACGGGAGUCAGCUCUGCAGCUUCAAUAUUACACAGUAUGCCUGUGCUCAGUUGACAGAUUUGUCUGCAGUAGACCUUGUGACGGUGUUGUCAUGUAAUCUCAAUGGUAACAACACUAUAUCAGAGGGGAUGUGGAAACUCUUUAUACUGAGCAUCAGCCCCACCAUUGGCCCCGCCCUUGACCUGUUUACCAACACGACCUUCCAGCAGUCUCGCCCCCUGGUGGUCAUGUUGGACAUAAUUGGUGAUGUGACCUUCAGUUUUUUCAGCCCACUCAGUUUUACGAACAGUUCAUUCAUCCAGCUGUGGUUUGGACAGAGACUCCACCCCUUCUUACCAUAUGUCUCACCCAGCUUCCUGUCCUGCCUCUCCAAAAAAAACUUCAGCUGUGACACAUACCAGAAUGUGGUUGAGAUUUUGAGUCAGCAAUCUGAGGCUAUGUCCAUUCAGACUCAGAUGUCUGUCUAUGUCUACUUCAUCCACACGUUUCUCAGCAGCUUCAACAGGACAGCAGGUUGUUCUGCUGGAGUUCAGAGCUCUGAUUGGUUGAUCCAAAACUUUGGUGCCUUUGCUGGAUUUGCAACUCUCUCUGAGCUACAGAGUCUGAACCCUUCCCUGUUAGUGAUGGAUAUUUUGGGUAGUUUAUCUCUAUCACAGUUGGUGCAGGUCUCCAACUCUCCUGAACUCAUAAGUACACCUGCUCAGGUCACGCAGGUGAUGAACAACAUUCCAGCAUCUGAACUCGGCCUGUUCUUCACUCAGCUCUCCACCACCCUAACUGUUGGCGGUGUCUCACUUUCCCCUGUGGUCAGUGAGGCUUUUCUGCAGGAGGUGUUUACAAGAGUGAAUCUGGGGGACCCGAUGAUGUCAGACUCUGAGGUGGAGCAGUGGAUCAACGUCAGACUGCAGCCUUUCAUCUCAAGUAUCCAGACAUCACAGAUUCCUCUGUACUUCAGCAUGAUCACACAGCGCUCCUGCAACAUCUCACAGCAAGGUGUGGCGCUGCUGAACUCCGCCCACUCCAAUUUCAGUACUGCCAUUCAGCGGGCAAUAAUUAAUCAGCUACUCAUCUCUCUCAAAGGGCCCUUGCUGAUGAAAUGCUACACUAAUAACAGUUACUACGUAUUCCUGCAGUCGUACUUCAUGGAGUUCCAGUUCCCUACUCUUUCCACCUUCCUGUCUCUCAUGCCUCCAGGCCACAUGGCAGAGCUGUUGAACUCCAUAUCCGCAGCACAGAUGUCUCAAUUUCUAAAUAACAACGGCACUGUGGACCAACAAACUGCCCUGUGCGAGCUCUUCAACAACUACAACCAAACAGAGAACUACCUGCAAAGUGUGCCGGUUUUGUCCUCAGCUCUGGCCAGCCAGACACUGCAGUGUGUGUGGCCUCAAGCGAUCAGUGCCACAUCUCAAGCAGAUGUAGACAGAUGGUUUGAUGUUACACUAGUCCAGUACCUGCCCUACAUCAGCUUUCAGAUGAUCAACUCCACCCAGAUGUCUGGGGCCUCCUGCCUUGCCUUCCGCAAGUUUGUGUCUUUAAUGGGAAGUUAUAACUUUGGUAAGGCAAGUUUUACCAAGGAAGAUAUCUAUGCUACCAUCCAGUCCUAUCUGACCACAGCAAACCCACCCAAAUGCUACAACACUACAGACCCAUUGCUGAGCUCCACUGCCUGGUUUUAUCAGUACAUCAGAGUCUUCAUCACCUUCAUCACAGUGGAUAACCUGCAACAGUUUGGAGGCACAAAGUUGCAGCAGUUUACUCCAGAUGCACAGAACCUUGAACUGUUCAGGAAGAACAAUGUUAGCCAAGAUGUCAUCUCUGCCUACUCAAAUAUGCUGUUUGACGCCAUGCCAGACUUCAGCAUCUUAUUUCUCCCAAAACCAUUGUGGUGUUCUGCUCCAGCAAGUGCUUUCUCAAAUCUGUCUCAAAGUGAUGUAGUGAACAUUACCAAAUCUCUACAACAGCAGUGCACAAACAUAGAUCCUACUGUAUCUGCUGCACUUUCAAGUAACGUGGACACCCUGACGCCAGACACCAUUAUGGCGUUGGGUAACUCCAUCACUGGUGUUAGUGUUGGUCAGAUUACAGCCUGUAGCCCCUCCAGCCUACUGUCCUCCAUCGGUUUCCUUAGUUCUGUGGUUGGCUGGAGCCAGAGCCAGGCCAUGGCCAUCAUCCAGUCACUGUUGUCAGCUGGACUUUUAAAGAUCACCUCUGUUGGGUUACUGCAGCAGUUGGGCACUCUGUUGAUGGGUGUUCCCUCUGAACUGUUCAGCUCCAUCUCUGCAGCUUCACUGCUCAGUGCCCUGCAGUCUCCGACCUUCCUAAGUAACGUUGUCACUACUCCCAUCCCCACACAGCAGAUCAUUGUCAACCAGAUUAUCUCUGUGAACUCCACCCCUGAUUCUGUUGUCCAGAAUGUGCCAGAAAACAUGACACCCUUGAUUCCUCGUCCUUCUCUGCUGUUACUCUCUCAGCAAACAGCAACAAUACUCAAUCAGAAACAGUGGACAUCUGAUCAGGCCGCACUGUUCUUUGAUGUCGUGGCUAAUCAGUUCUCCAACGCAGACAAUAUCUCAUUCCAGGUGUUGCAGGGGUUCACCUGCACACGUGUUCAGAUGUUCAGCACACAGAAAGUGAAGAAUCUGAUUAGGGGCUGCAGGCGCCGUGGCAACAGAAAGGUCACCCUACAGGAGUCACAGUUGACCUGCAUGUACAACUACAUAAAGCACGACACUGUGACAUCCUUUAGUGAUUAUCCUGCUGAUAUGCUACUCUACUACAAUCUUUCUCAGGUGCAGCCAUCUCUGUGUCAGUCGUAUUACUCAGCUCUGGGUGGAGCAGACUUCAGUGUGUUCUCCCCAACUCUAGCUUUCAGGAGAAACACCCUGUUUAUGAACGCUCGUCAGUGCCUCGGAGUCUCGGGACUGAGAGUGAACCAGACUCAGCUGGAUGUGAUGGGACAGAUGGUGUGUGUGUUCAACAGCGCUUACAUCCUCAACUCGGACCCAUACGUUCUGGAGAAACUCAAACUGUGUAAUACUCUAACACCUGAGCAGAGCAGCGCUGUUGAGAAUGUCCUACUCAGUGGAAACACCAUUUACGGAGCUCCAGCCAGUUGGAAUCAGACCACACUAACAGCGUUGGAUGAUCUGCCCCUGUACCUGUCCUCAAACUUCUGGGCCUAUUUUACACAGAAAGAGAAGUUGAGCUUUUUACGGGGGUUUGUUGCUGUGUUGAAGAACAGAGGAGUGUCAAGAAUGAGCAUCUCCAACCUGAUCACUCGGGCAGGAAGUGCGCCUAGUGCCAAUACCAGGAGUUUGUUACGAUUUAAACGUGACACAGACACAGCAUGUACAGUGGGGGAAAUAACUCAGGUCCAAGCAAGUGAUGCCUCUUUCCCCUUUGGCUAUGACGUGAACCAGUUCAAUGUGUGUCUCAGUGUACAGACCCUAAAGGACAACCUGGCUGCCGUCACAGACAAGGCCACAGGCAGCGACUACCAGACGGUCAUCCUGUACAAACUCAACCAGGCUUACCCAGCAGGCAUCAGUGACCAAGUGUUACAGGUUAUUGGCCCCGCCUCCCGUGCAGCCUCCACCAGUGACAUCAGCAAGUGGAAUGUGACAUCAAUCGUCACACUCUCUGCUCUGAUGAGAUCAUAUGAUGGAGACUGGAGCCCAGAGCAGGUGAGAGCUAUAGUCAGCAGGUAUUUGACUGGAAACAGAUCUUUGGGUACCUUGGAGCUGAAUGCACUGGGAGGAACAAACCUGUGUGCACUGAACACCAGCAUGCUGAACACUAUCAGCGCCACCAGCCUGCAGCUUGCGGGCGCACUGCAAGUGUCAAACUGCAGCAUGGAGCAGAAGCAGGUUCUGUUCAGCAUCUCUCAGGUCUCCUUUAAUGACCAAACACUGAGCAAGAGCACACAGCGUAGCGCCACAGUGUCCCUUAACUCCUACCAGCUCAUAAAGUCAUACCUGGGUGGAGCUAAUCUUUCCUAUGUGCGUACACUCGCCAUCUCCAACGUCAGUAUGGACUUGCUCACCUUCAUCACACUGGACCCGAACGUUGUUAAUAACCUGACAGUGAGCGAGGUUCAGGGUCUGCUAGGUGCUAAUCUGCCUGAUCUGAAGACGUAUGAGAAUAACACAGUGGUUAACAACUGGAUCACACGACAACUGCAGACUGAUCUCAACACCCUGGGCCUCGACCUCACUGGGGGACGCACCGGAACUACACCCACUACGGCUAGUGCUCCUGCUAAUGCUACUGCUAAUGCUACUGCCACUUCUGCUACCAGCAACAAGCCUACAGCUGCAGGCUCCAGUAUCUCCACCUCCUCUGGGCUGGAAAAGCUCCUCCUCAUUCUAGGUGUAACCAUGGCAACUCUGCAGCUAAUCCACUGAUUAUGAUGUCACAGCAUGAUGUCAGGAAAUCACCUGACUGUUGUGUUUAUAAAUAAAAUUAAUCUAAAAUCCCACACUUCCUGUGUACAUGUGUACCAUCUGUCUGUCUGCCUGCCUCUCUACCUGCCUCCCUGUCUGCCUCUCUGUCUGCCUUUCUGCCUCUCUGUCUGUCUGCCUCUCUGUCUGCCUGCCUCUCUACCUGCCUCCCUGUCUCUCUGUCUGCCUCUCUGUCUGUCUGUCUGCCACUCUGUCUGCCUCUUUGUCUGCCUUUCUGCCUCUCUGUCUGACUCUCUUUCUGCCUCCCUGUCUGUCUGUCUGCCUCUCUCUCUGUCUGACUCACACAUCUGGAGUAUAGUUAUAAUAGUGAUAGUAAAAUUAUGAGUUUUACUUCUUAACCAUGAAAUGAUUGUGUAACAACAACAAACUGAAAUGAUAUUUAAACCCAGCAGGAAUGUGAUUAUUAUUAUUAUUAAAGGAUUAUUAAAUAAUGAAGGAAUGUUGUGAUGACAUUAAUGGAAUAAAUUGUAUCUUCUCUCAUUGUGGUUUUAAUGUCUUUGGACCACAAAACGUCCAUGACCUCAGUGGUGUGUUAUAUAUAUAUUACUAUACAUUUACCUAUUUGUAUUUAAAUAAACAUUCUGCUUUAACUGUUUCACAA